AUGAGACGACAGGCUAGCCUGGGUGACAUUGAUUUUAUCACGGGGGACUACCUUGCUGCCAAUAAUGCGGAGGCUCACCGUGCAGGAAAUCACCCAGGAUACGAAGCUGCGGCGUGGGAUGGCCUGAAGGAUACAAUAGACCUUAUUGCAGAAAAGGGAAUUCGAGUGGUGAUCAACGGCGGAGCUCUCAUCCGUAUGGGCUAG